AUGUGUGUGUGUAUAAAAGGCUCUCUCUCCAUGCUUUCACUUCACUCUCAGCUCUCCAUUGGUUUGCAGAGAGGAUAGGCACAAGACUGAAAAGAGAGGAAGGGGAUACGACCAUAGGAGAUCCCUGUGUUACAGUCAGUGGGAGACAUUUCUCUGACCUUCUUUCACUUUCUCCCCCCUCUCCCCAAUGUGUUUUGGGGUUCCCUUCUUUCGUUCUUCUUCUUCUUCUUAAGCGUCUACGCAUUGUUGGACCGUGGCAUCGAUGCAAAAUGGGUUGUGGCAAUUCCUCAGGCACCAACACGGCAGGAGGGGGGCCAGCAGACGUGUCAAAAGAUGUGACAGAAGAUCUCCCGGUAGACGAUGAGAAAAGAAGGAACUAUGGUGGCGUUUACGUAGGUAUACCAGCAGAAAUGGCCGAUGUGGCCGCCAGCCAGUCAAAGACCCCAUGAAAAGGAUCGUGCAUUUUCAUCCUCCCAGAGAAACACUUACCUUACAAGCAGAGAGCAUGUAAGUGCUCCUGCUCAGACUCCUCACGCACUGAGUGUUCAGGCUUUAACACUGUCAUUAAGCGAAUAUGUGGACAGCUUUCCCGGUAUCUGAGGACGCUGCUUCAUGGGGUCAUGGGGUGCACAGCGACACCGAGAUGAACAGUGAAAGUGUACAUACGCCAUCCAUCAUCACCCUUCAGUUUGUGAAUAAAAAGAUGUACAUUGAAACGGACAAGCACCCACUCAACGGGAUUUGUGACAGCCGUCUUGGCUCCUCGGUCACAUCACUGGAACUUUCUCUUUCUUUCUCAGGAGGAGACGGGGGACUACACUCACUAACUGUCUGAGACACACACACAUACCGAAAGCCCUCUGCAAUAAUAACCACUUCUCAGUAACGUCUCUAGCCAUCAAUGAUUCAUUGUGUGAACAGAGAGUACGAGACACAUUCCUGCUACUACGUCACAGAAAAUAAAUAGCAUUGAUUUCAAUCAGGGACCUGAGGCAACAGGAGUCUGGAAAACUGAUUUAGCUGAUUAUUAUUCUGAUUCUAAAUGCUUAAGUUAAAUUUGAAUGUAUUCACUCAAUCCCCCCUUAUGUCCUGGGUGCGUCACAAGGUCGUACCUGCGGUCAUCACUUGACUUCUUCCCCAGACUGAUUAUGUAACAUCGGCAUAUGACUCACUACUCUCUACUCACUCUCACAUUCAAUUUUAUUAUGCUUUAUCAGUAUGAAUGUGAGGUGUACAAGCAUCAAGUAUCAUACUGUUCAAUAGUGGAAUGAGAAAAACAUGUUAUUAAGUUAUCCAAAAUAUAUAAAAAGAGAGUGUGUGUGUGUGUGUGUGUGUGUGUGUGUGUGUGUGUGUGUGUGUGUGUGUGUGUGUGUGUGUGUGUGUGUGUGGGUCAAACUCUCUUGCGUUCUCUCUCGUUCUGCAAUAUCUUCAUGUUUCCGCUGAAGAGCUCAGAUUCUUCACACAGCUCUUACAAUAUUUAUCAUAAGCAGAAUAGUUACACAGUUUCCUAUCAUCUCACAACAUAACGUAUGAUCCAGUGAGUAGGAGAAAAACAUGUUAUUAAAUUAUGUUCAGAGGCACAAAAGUUGUGAAAAAGGAAACGUCUCAGUAAUUUCUUCUUACAGUUUAUCUACAUUGGAUCAUUGUAAGUGAUUUAUUGCAAUCUAUUUUAUACGUCAUUUAUCACACAAUAUGUGAAUAUUAUUCGUCUGUGUAUAAUCCUUGAAGGACAAAGCUGGUACUGUGCUGUAUUUCUUUUUUUAUUGUCACCAAAUCCAAUGAAAAGACUCAAACAAAUUAAUCUUGCGGCCUUCAGUAGCUGAAAGAGUAGUUUGGUUGUCAUUGAGAUAAGUAUGAAGUUGUGGUCACAUAAUAGCAGGUAGGUUUCAAUUGACAUAUAUAAUAAUCAAACUGCUACUUCAAAAGCCAAUAAUUAACCUUCAAGCUCAACAAUGUAAGAGUCCAUCUCAUCACCAAGGUCUUUGUAUCCUACUGAAAAUGAAAAUGUCCUAAAACAUCUCACAAACACAAUUUCAUUUUUUACAUAGGCUCAGUUAUGUCCUAAAACACCUGCGCUAGUUUUUUAGCAAAUGUUACUUUAACAGCAGUGAAUAGUGCAUUUUGGUGGCUAUACUGGCUUCAAAAUAAUACACAUUUGGGGAUUAUUUUCGGCAGCAGUACAGUGUAUGUGGGACUGAAAAUAUUGCCAAUGUUCAUCACAAUGAAGGAACAUGUCACCAUUCAAUACGCUGUGACUCAUUCUGUUUCCAAACAACAAUGGAGGACCGAGGUAUGGAGGAAGAAGCUAUAUCAGGCUUCGACUAAAGAUUGCCUAUAUUUAGUAGGAUGAAUUCAAUGUUGUUGUAUUGGGGGGGGGGGAUCAACAAUAAGACACUUAUAGAAUAUAUCCAGCAUAGUGUCCACAUAAAACACAUUACAGCUGGGUGGGCAUUUGGGGCCAAGGUAAUUUGUCAACCGGACUCUUGACAUCUCUGCUUUCUAAUGAAUGUACAACCUCCUCCACUCACCAUGACCAUAGAGAUUCAAGAGAUGUUCUCUCUGUGUUAUACAAAACGUUUUAAUUGCCUGUGCUUGGAGCCUUGACUGCCUGGACUAACAUAAAAAAAUAGGGACUUAUUAUUUCACCAUGCCAG